AUGGUAGCAAAAAGGAAGAGAGCUGAGAUUGCGGAGGCGACCCCUGCGGCCAACAAGGCAACUGCGAAGAAGGCCAAGUCGACUACCAAUGGCUCGGCUUCGAAGGAGACAAUCUCGAGCGCCGCCCCGGCCGAUGAGUUGACGAUCCAGAUCGUGACCGGAUCCUACGACAGAGUCCUUCAUGGUAUCACUGCUACAAUAAAGCCUGAGGGAAAGGUCGAAUUCGCCGACACGUUCCUUUUCUCGGCGCAUACUUCAGCCAUCCGCUGCAUCGCCCUGUCGCCUCUCUCUGCUCCGGUUCCAGGCCAGGGCCAGAAGGUCCUGCUGGCGUCCGGUAGCACUGACGAGCGCAUCAACCUCUACAACCUGUCGGCACACCCCCCCAGUCGUAAGAACCAGGAGCUUCUGUCCGCCGUCUCUGCUCGACCGAUUCUUGAGAACCCCAAGAACCGCGAGGUUGGAACAUUACUGCACCAUUCGUCGAGCAUCACCAAGUUGGCCUUCCCUACACGGUCGAAGCUGCUUUCCUCGAGCGAGGACUCCACCAUCGCCGUCGCGAGAACAAGAGACUGGUCUGUCCUGUCGACGAUUAAGGCGCCCAUAGCCCAGGCCUCCGGUAGACCCAGUGGUGACACUGCCCCCUUUGGCGGCACACCGUCCGGUGUCAAUGACUUCGCGAUCCAUCCCAGCAUGAAGUUGAUGAUCAGUGUCAGCAAGGGCGAACGUUGCAUGCGGUUGUGGAACCUCGUCACUGGAAAGAAGGCCGGCGUCCUGAACUUCAGCCGCAGCAUGUUGCAGGAGGUUGGAGAGGGCAGAAUCUCUACCGGCGAGGGCCGGCGGGUAAUAUGGGGAAAGGCGGACGGCGAGGACGAGUUCGCGGUUGGGUUCGACCGAGAUGUCAUCGUCUUCGGCAUGGACAGUGAGCCCAAAUGCCGCGUCAUGUCCGACACGCGGACCAAGAUCCACGACUUGUCCUACAUCAACAUUGACGGCGAAAGCGAAUCGAGUUUGCUGACAGUUUCAACCGAGGACGGACGGGUCCUAUUCUUCUCCACGGCAACAAACGAUCUGAAGAAACCCGACUCGGAGGACAAGACAUUGUCGAGUGCCAAGCUGGUUGCUCAAAUCGGCGGCAAGGAGGAUGGUGUGGUUGGACGCAUCAAGGAUACCGCUUUCCUGCAAACCAAGAAUGAUUCGACUACGGCCUUGAUCGUAGUUGCCGGCAGCAGCGACGGCAAGGUGCGGCUAUGGAAGGUGGGCGCGGAGGAGCUCAAGGCCAGCAAGAGCAAGGGAAAGGGCAAGGGCAAGGCCGAGGCGAAGCAGGCUGGCAAGCUGCUGGGAACAUAUAGCACAAACAACCGCAUCACCUGUGUAGCGGCAUUCACCAUGAUACCCCGGCCAGAGGGAGUGGAGGAAAGCGAGGACGAGGCUGAUGAGGCCUCGGAUGAUUCCGACGACGACGACGACGACGAAUAG